AUGUCCUUCUUAGACCGCUGGCUUAGCCGCACUCAACAGGGCCACCACACAGGCUCGAACAUGGUCAACACAGGUGCAACAUAUUCCACAAGAAGAUUAUCAACGAAAUCAACAGGAGCGGGUGUUGAGUAUGUGGUAGAGGAUGUGAAGACGUCGCCCAACCUUUUGAACACUCCAGUUGCCUACUAUAAGCAGGUGGCCAAGGGAACUGUGAAGCCUGCUGCCAAUGGCAAGGUGGAUGUUACAGACAUUCUGAAGCAGGUGGAGAAUGAUGUUGGACCUGGAAAGAUCUCUAACGAUCUGGACGAUUUGAAACGCCUAGACCAAAAUGAUUUCAAUAGGAAGGGAAGUGUUGUCAGUGAGGCCAGUGAUUAUUGA